CCGCCGCCCCCCCCCGGCCCCGAGGUGAUCGUGGUGCCCCGGCCCAGCCCCGACUUUGGGGGGGCCCUGCCCACCCUGCCCCCCCCGGAGCCAGUGUCCCCGUGCCAGCGCGACCCCUCCGUGUGCGGCCCCGGGCGCUGCGUGCCCCGGGGGGGAGGGGGCUACACCUGCCUGUGCCGGGGGGGCUUCUGGCUGAGCCCCCAGGGCACGCACUGCGUGGACAUCGACGAGUGCCGCCAGGUGCCCCCGCCCUGCUCCCCGGGGCGCUGCGAGAAUUCCGUGGGGAGCUUCCGGUGCCUCUGCGGCCCCGGCUUCACCUCCGAGCCCGCGGGCACCGAGUGCCGAGACGUCGACGAGUGCGCGCAGAGCCCCCCGCCCUGCGCCCACGGGCGCUGCGAGAACCGGCCCGGCGGCUACCAGUGCGUGUGCCCGGGGGGCUACCGGGGGCUCGGGGGCGACCAGCCCUGCCAGGACAUCGACGAGUGCGAGAACCACCUGGCGUGUCCCGGCCAGGAGUGCGUCAACACCCCGGGCUCCUUCCGCUGCCAGCCCUGCCCCGACGGCUUCCGCCUGCGCCAGGGGCGCUGCGCAGACGUGGACGAGUGCGCGGGGGGCUCCCCCUGCGCCCCCCACGGCCGCUGCCUCAACACCGCCGGCUCCUUCCGCUGCGAGUGCCACCGCGGCUACCGCGCCACCGCCGGCGCCACCGCCUGCCAGGAUGUCAACGAGUGCCUGGAGGGCGACUUCUGCUUCCCGCACGGCGAGUGCGUCAACACGGCCGGCUCCUUCCGCUGCCUCUGCGCCGACGGCUACGCCGGCACCGCCGACGCACCGCCUGCGCCGAUGUGGACGAGUGCCAGCGCGGGGGCCGUCUGCACGUUCCAUAUCCCAAAUCCCAUACCCCAUAUCCCAAAUCCCAAAUCCCGAUCCCGAUGUCCCCAGACGUGGGCGAGUGCCAGCGCGGGGCCGUCUGCGCCGACGGACGUGGGACGAGUGCCAGCGCGGGGCCGUCUGCGCCGGCGGGCGCUGCCUCAACACCGACGGCUCCUUCCAGUGCCAGUGCCCGGCGGGUUCCGCACCGACGACGCCAAGGCCGAGUGCCGCGACGUGGACGAGUGCCAGGAGUACGGGGCCGGGCUCUGCGGGGCGCAGCGCUGCGAGAACAUUCCGGGCUCCUAUCGCUGCGUGCCCGAGUGCCAGCCGGGAUUCCGGCCCGGAGACGGCGGGGAAUGCCUCGACGUGGACGAGUGCCAGGAGUACGGGGCCGGGCUCUGCGCGCAGCGCUGCGAGAACAUUCCGGGCUCCUAUCGCUGCGUGCCCGAGUGCCAGCCGGGAUUCCGGCCCGGAGACGGCGGGGAAUGCCCAGACGUGGACGAGUGCUCCAACGGGACCCUGUGCGGCGCCCACGCCACCUGCCACAACCUGCCCGGCUCCUUCCAGUGCGCCUGCGACCCCGGCUACGAGACCGCCCGGCAUGGCCACCACUGCGUGGACGUGGACGAGUGCCAGACCCUCCGCGGGGUUUGUGGGGCCGAGCGCUGCGAGAACGUCGAGGGCUCCUUCCUGUGCCUGUGCCCCGAUUCCCGGCAGGAGUUCGACCCCGUCACGGGGCGCUGCGGGGCCCUCCCCACCCCACAGAUCCCCCAAAUCCCCCAGAACCCCCCAGUCCGACCCCAAACCCCACAGAACCCCAAAUCAGACCCCAAACCCACAGAACCCCCAAAUCAGACCCCAAACCCCACAAAUCAGCCCCCAAAGCCCCCAAAUCAGACCCCAAACUCCCCAAAUCAGACCCCAAACCCCCAGAACCCCCAAAUCAGACCCCAAACCCCCCCAAAUCAGCCCCCAAAUCAGACCCCAAAGCCCCCAAAGCCCCCAAAUCAGACCCCAAAUCCCGAAAUCCUCCCCCAAACCCCGGCCGGGGAUUUUGGGGUGGCCUCGUGUUUCAGUAGGGCCUGCGGGGUCCUGGCCCCGAACGUGACCCGCCCGCAGUGCUGCUGCACCCUGGGGUGGGCGUGGGGGGCUCAGUGCCCCGGGCAGCCCUGCCCCACACCUGGCACAGAGGCUCACCUGUCCCUGUGUCCCCACGGGCCCGGCCGCGUCCCCGAGACCCCCCAGGGCCCCCCCACAGACGUGGACGAGUGCUCGCUGUUCGGGCCCGCGCUCUGCCGGGGGGGGCUCUGCGUCAACGCCGCCCCCUCCUUCAGCUGCUUCUGCCCCAGCGGCUUCUACUUCGAGCAGGAGCACCUGCAGUGCGUGGACAACGACGAGUGCGCGGCGGCCGAGGCCGAGCCGUGCCUGGGGGGGCUCUGUGUGAACACGGUGGGCUCGUACCUGUGCUCCUGCCCCCCCCCGCUCAUCCUCGACCCCUCCCAGCGCCGCUGCGUGGCCAACGACUCCAGCCCGGAGGGGUCGGUGGCCGUGUGCUGGCAGGAGGUGGGGGCCGACCUGGUGUGCGGGCGGCCCCGGCGCGCGGCGCAGGUGACCUACACCGAGUGCUGCUGCCUGUACGGGCAGGCGUGGGGCAUGGAGUGCGCGCUCUGCCCCGCCCCCCACUCCGACGACUUCGAGCUCCUCUGCAACGUCCUGAGACCCCCGAACUUCGCCCCCCCCCAGCUCCCCCCCCUCUACGACCCCUCCCCCAAUUUCCCCCCUCCCCCCAAUUUCGCCCCCCCCCAAUUCGGGCCCCUCCCCUACGGGGGCCCCCCCGAAUAUUUUGGGGGGCUGCACCCCCAUUACGACCCCUACCCUUUUGGGGGGGCGGGGUUGGGCUACGACCCCCGGGGGGGUGGGGGAGGGGUGGGGGACCCCCUUUACGCCCCUCCCCCGCCGCCCCUCCCCCCGCGCUACGAGGAUUUUGGGGACCCCCGGGGGAGGGGGCCCCGAUUUGAGCCCCCGGACCCCCCCCCGGACCCCCGAGGGGGCCCCCCCUGGAACUUCCAACCCCACGGGACCCCCGAGGAGGAGGAGGAGGAGGAGGAGGAGGAAGGUGAGGGACACAGGAGGAAUUUCUGGAAGAGGGGGAGGAGAAUUAAUUUGAGUUUAUUUUGCCCCCUCCCCACUUUAGGGGCGCGGGAGGAGGAGUGCGGGGUCCUGAGCGGCUGCACCCACGGGCGCUGCGUCCGCGUGGGCGACGCCUUCACCUGCGCCUGCGACCCCGGCUUCCACCUGGACCCCGCCCGCCUCGACUGCCUCGACGUGGACGAGUGUUUGGGGGUGCCCCCGCCGUGCCGCCCCGGGCGCUGCCUCAACACCCCCGGCUCCUUCCGCUGCCUGUGCCCCCCCGGGACCCCCCCGGCGCUGGACCCCCCCCGCUGCCCCCCGCGCCCCCCCCGCGCCUGA